AUGGAGGACCCGACGCGCCAGGCGCGGCGUACGACGCGCCACACGGGGACGGGCGUCGGCGCGACGUCGACGUGCCCCAUCUGCGGGCUGUCGUUCCCGACGAAUCGCAUCGCCGAGCACGCGGACCGCUGCGCGGCAUCGACGUACGUCGACGAGCUGGAGGCGACGACGGGACGCGGACGGGCCCCGCCGGGCGGCGGCCUCGGCGCGCGCGCCGCGUCCGGUCGGGGCGCCGCGCGCGCCGGCCGCCGCGGGACGGGAGAGGAAGGCGGCAACGAAUACGCGCCCUUUCUAGAUUACGGCGCCGCCGGCCGGGCGCCGCCGACGAAGCGCGCCGCGCCGCGGCCCGCGCCGCGGCCCCGCGGCGCCGCGGCGCCCGCGGCGCCGCGCGCCGCCGCGCCGCGCGCGCAGCGCGCGCCCGCGGAGCCGCCGCGGUCCGACGACGCGCCGCGCCGGGGCGGGGCCCCGCUCGCGCACGGCAAGACGUGGCGCGUGCCCGGCGGCGAGGCCGCGCGGCUCCGCGGCGGCUCCGUCAUCUACGCCGCCGAGCUCCCGCCGCACGUCCUCGAGCGCGUCGCGCGCGCGGAGAGCGUGCUCGCGUCGCUCCGGCCCGAGGCCUGCUCCUUCACGACGGGCAAGGGCACGCUGGACCGCAAGCGGACCAACGAGUACCGCCGCCGCGUCCAGGAGGAGGAGUACCAGCUCGAGCUCUACCGGUCGACGCUCGGCGCGCCCGCGCCGCCGCGGCCGCCGCCGCCCGAGACCCGCGACGCCCGGGCCGAGCGCCGCAGCGCCGCGGACGACGCGCCGCCGCCGCCGCCGCCGGAGCCCCACCAGCCCAAGCUCCUGCUCCGCGUCCACGUCGGCGACGACGGCCGCGCCGCCGCCGUCGCCGCGCCGUCGAACAAGGAGGCCCUGGAGUACGUCGCGCGCAUGCGGAGCGUCCACAAGCUCUCGCCGCGGACCAUCGCGACCUUCGUGGAGCUCCUCAAGGCCUACAAGCGCAAGGUCUUCUCCGCGGCGGACGUGAGCCGGCGCAUCGCGACGCUCCUCCACGGCUACCCGGACCUCAUCAAGGACUUCGACAACUUCCUCCCCGUCCACGACGCGCCCGACGGCGCCGCCCCCGCGCCGCCCGCGCCGCCGGCCGCGGACGCGGACCGCGCGGCCGCCGCGCGCCGCGCGGCCGCCGCCGCGGCGCCGCCGCCGGAGCCGCGCGAGUCCGACUACACGCGCGCCUGGCGCGACCGCGCCGGCGGCGCCGCGCCGCGCCUCGACCUCCUCGCCUUCGCGCCGGCCGCGGCGCCGCCGGCCGCGGCGCCGCCGGCCGCGGCGCCGCCGGCCGCGGCGCCGCCGCCGCCGCCGCGCGCCGCGGCGCCGCCGCCGGCCGCGGACGCGGCGCGCGCGGCCCAGUACCGGCAGCUGCAGGCCUACCAGCUCCAGCAGGAGCACACGCGGCAGCUCCUCGAGCGGCAGCGGCAGCUCGCCGGGCCCGCGCCGCCCUUCGUCGACCCGGCGGCCGCGCACGACGCGUGGCGCGGGGCCUGGGUCGACUACAACGGCACGCUCGCGCGGCUCCAGGCCGCGGGCGCGCCGGCCGCCGACGCCGGCGUCCGCGAGGUCGUCGCCGCGGCGUCGCGCGUCAUCGCCGCGGCGAGGACGAUCGCGGCGCUGGCGCCGCGCGCGGCGCCGCUCGCGGGCGGCGCGCCGCCGCCGGCCAACAACGUCGGCGCGCCGGCCAUGUCCGCCGUCGCCGCGGCCAACACCAUCGCGGCGCUCACGUGCGCGGCGCCGCCGGGCGCGGCGCCGCCGCCGCCGGCCGCCGCGCGGCCCGCGGCGCCGCCCGCGCCGCCGCCGCCGCCGCCGCCGGCCGCCGCCCCCCCGCCGCGGCCGGACGCCGCGGAGCUCCUCCGGCGCCAGCGCGAGCUCCUCGCGGCCCGCUACGGCGUCGGGCCCCGCGCGGCGCCGCGCGCCGCCGACGACCCGCGCUUCUUCCACGGCGGCACGGGCGAGUCGAGCGACCUCGACGCCUACAGCGACAGCGACGGCGACGCCUCGAACCACGCGCCGGCCCCCGCGCCCGGCGACGGCGACGCCAGCGACGACGACGACGACGACGACGCGCUCGACGUCGCGCGCGGCGCCGGCGACGCCGCCGCGGACGACACGGGCGCCAAGCGCGCGACGCUCGACGCCCUCGUCGCGUCCCUCGCGAGCCGCGCGGCGGCGCGGGCGGCCCGCGACGCCGCCGUGCGGCGGCGGCCGUCGCUCCGCGCGGCCGCGGGCGCCAUGGCGGCCGCGACGGGCCGAUCGCUCGACGAGGUCGCGGACGCGGGCCGCGCGCCCGAGUCCGUCGCCGAGCUCCUCGGCGCGGGCCCGCUGCGGACGAAGCGCCGGCGCGCCGCCGUGCGCACGGACUACGCGCGCAUGCGCGCGCUCGUCUACGAGGUCUGGGACCGGGCAGCAAAAGAGUGCGACAUUCCCAACUUUGGAGGCUCAUAUCUCGGCUGGUUUCCACUCGUCUGGGACCGCUACGCGGACGACGCGGAGACGUUCGACGCGUUCGCCGCGGCGGUGCUCGGCGCCUGCGACGGCGGCGGGCCGCCGCCCCAGUCCUUCGACGCCAUGGUCGAACGGCUGCGCGCCGUCUUCCGCGGCGAGGCCGACGACAUCGUCGAGGCCAUCGUCGACGCGCGGCCGGGCGCGGCGCCGCGCGCGCCGCCGGACGGCUCCGCCGCCGAGCCGCCCCUGGACGACGACGGCGCGCCCCGCGUCGAGUUCCUCGGCGAGCGCCGCAAGCGCUUCCGGGGCAUGCCGCCGCCGGGCGCGCCGGGCGCCGCCGCGCCCGCGCCCGCCCUCGAGGCCGCCCUCGAGGCCGCGUGA